UCGAUCGAACAUGUGUCUUAUUUUUCCCUUUUACCAACAAAUUGGACUCGGCAUUCACUGUUCAGCGUUUCACCGUUCCAAUUUUCCAUCUUGCCGAAGAGGCAGUAGUAUAGAGCAUCCUGGCCGGGGGCGCAAAAUUGAAUAAUUAAUGGGAUUUUAUUUCUGAAGGCAUCGACAUCCUCAUUAACACAAGCGCGACCUUUCAGUAUCAAUAACAUCAUCAUCAUCAUGGUGGAAUACCACCGCACCCGCGGAUUGUUUCUCCGGGGCGUGACCUUCUGUUAUGCUGUAGCAUUUCUCUCCUUGUACAUUCAAAUCCCAGGACUCUAUGGACCUCGUGGGAUUCUGCCGGCUGAGCCGCAUGUAUCGAAAGGAACAAAACAUGGCUUUUUGUGGACCCAGAGUGGUUGGAAUGGAUUCUUGGAUGCCGUCAUGAAGUGGAACCCCCAACUUCUACCCUUGGGCCAAAAUUACUUGGGGCUACAAGUUCAUGAGACUAUGGAGGUGUUUUGUUUGUUGGGAGCCACACUAGCGGCCUUCAUGACCUUUUGGACGACCCUCUGUAAUCGUCUGUUGUUCGUGUUGCUGUGGCUAUUUUACAAAUCCAUGUUUGAUGUGGGACAAACCUUUUUGUGGUUCCAAUGGGACACCUUGCUCCUGGAAGUUGGCUUUCUCUCCAUUCUGGUGGCCCCGGUUCGGUCGCAACGCUUCCAUCUCACUCGUCCCUGGGACGUGAUGACCCUAGGUCUGGUUCGAUGGUUGCUCUUUCGUAUGAUGUUCGCCUCAGGUUGCGUGAAAUUGAUUUCCAAGUGUCCCACUUGGUGGGGACUCACGGCCCUGCCCGUCCAUUUUGAGUCCCAGUGUCUGCCGACAUAUUUGUCUUGGUUUGCUUUCCAAGCCCCAGAAUAUUUCCACAAGUUAUCCGUGGUUGGGACGUACAUCAUUGAGAUCCCGAUGACCUUCCUAUUCUUUGCACCUACCAAGUUCCUUCGACAACUGACCUUUUGGGCCCAAAUCAAACUCAUGGUCAUCAUUAUGUUAACGGGCAAUUACAAUUUCUUUAAUUUCCUCUACAUUGCCCUAUGCUUCAGUCUGAUGGACGACUCUUGGCUAGAGUACGGACCACGACGCUCAUAUCGGAGUGCUCCAUCCAUCAUAUCGAUGAUCAUGAACGUUCUCGGAUUCUUAGCUUUGAUCUUAAGCAUCGGUUACUUCUUCUUUGACAUCGGCUUGAGCGGAAGCUCCAUUCCUAUCGUGCCCAAACUCCAGUUCAACUAUGCCCAAUUUAUUGAUUUCGUCUCGGAGAGCUCCAAGCUUAGUGUAGCGGUGGGAUGGGCUUUCUUGGCUUGGAAUUCUUUGCAGGCUUUGCAGAUCGCUCUGAGGACCUCAAGAUCACUCUUUGGGGGAUUGAUAAAUAUUCUUUUUACCAAUCUCUUUGUCUUUCUCUCCGCCUUCAUGUUUUGCUUGAGUGUGCCCACGUUUUUGCGAGGACUAGGAGUGAACGAAUAUCCUUACAUUCCCACGAAUGUACCCCAAAUUGGGAACAGUCUCGGUCACCUGCAUCUCACGAGUUCUUACGGUCUCUUCCGAUCCAUGACUGGGGUGGGAGGGCGCCCUGAACUCAUCAUUGAAGGCUCAAAUUCAAUGAAGGGACCUUGGAGAGAGUACAAUUUUUUAUACAAGCCUGGAGCCCUCGAUUGUGCACCUAAGAUGAUGUUGCCCCAUCAGCCGAGAUUAGAUUGGCAACUGUGGUUUGCGGCCUUAGGAAGCUAUCAACAAAACCCGUGGUUCAUCUCGUUGGUCUACAGGAUUUUACAAAACGAACACGAUGUGUUAAAUCUCAUGGACAAAGAGCUCAACCCGUUCCCUGACCGCCCACCCAAGUUUGUCCGAGCUCAAUUGUACCACUACCAUUUCACCCAGUCAAUCCGAGAUCGACACUUUUGGAGCCGAGACCUCAAACACGAGUAUUUGCCGCCAAUAUCCCUGGACAGCCAGGAGAUUAUCCAAUAUCUCAAGUCAAUCAAUGUUCUAGAUGAGGCAAGAGAGCGUAGGUCCAAGAAUUCAACCUUGAGGAACCCCAUUCAAUCGAUUUUGGAUGUGAUUCGGGGCUCUAUUCAAACCGUGUCGGAUCGGGUCUUGAUCUGGUCCUUAUGUUUUGUUUGCACCGGCCCAUAUUUGGCUGGCUUAAGUUAUUUGUUCAUAUAAAAAUUGGAAAAAAAUCAAUCUUUGACGUGCGA